CGUUGAAACUCACUGGCGAUCCAGCAGCGCAUAUUGAACGCAUAUUGACUGAAUUUUGCAAUUUUCGAAGAGUCACGGUUACCGAGAACAAUGAGUGGAAACGGAGACUAUUAAUUUAUGAAAGGAUGAAAGGAUUCUGAGAACGACGCGAGAUGGCAAUACCGUACGAAUGUUUGUUCUGCUGAUGGCGAAGUACCAGCAUAACAACAAACUGACAUGAAUUCUGCGAGCAAGGUUGGUGAAAUUUUCACCGCAGCCGGAGCAGCAUUUAACAAGUUGGGAGAAUUAACGAUGCAAUUACACCCUACAACCGACUCACCAGCAGGUAAAUGGACUGACGAGGAAAUUGAGAUGCUCCGUCACUCGGUAAAGACCUUCAGUGAAGACUUGAACAAAAUAAGUGAACACAUCAAGGGACGAACGGUCUCUCAGAUUCGGACAACGCUAAAGAAGAAAGCUUUUGAGGAAGCUGGCGUGCCGAUCAGACAACAAAUGCUUUCUCAACAGUCAACGCAACAAUCGGCAGUUCAACAAGCAUCGAAGCAACAAACAGGAAAUCAAGGAUUAAUGGGAAAAUCGUCUGAAGUCACGUUGAACAUGUUAAACGCGCCGGAAUCGGAAGUGGAUGUUGAGGGACUACCAGAGGAGUGUCAAGUAAAGCUCGAGUUCGAAGGUGCGACGGAAGAAGUAGCUUCUUAAUAAGCCGAGGUUGAUCUUUCCAUAUGCGAUCUUUUUUAUCUCGAUUUCUAAAUAUAAGAUAAUUUUCAUAUAAUAUAACGCGCUUAACGUUAAGUAACAAAUAUGUACCUUCAAUAAAUUAUGUUUGUCAAAUAGAUUUUUAAAAGU